AUGUCAGAAGACUCGGAUAAGGAAGACUUUUCAGGCAGAUCAGCCACUGAUGAGGAUGAAUCAGAUGAAGAUGCUUAUAUGAAAUUUGUGAGUGAAGAUAUACAUCCGUGUGCAGUUUUAGCAGCUGACAGUAUCAGUGACCCAUUUUUUCCCCGGACUACACAGAUAGUAUUGGAAUAUCAGCUGGGGAGAUGGGUGCCACGUCUUCGAGAACCCCGAGAUUUAUAUGGUGUAUCUUCUUCUGGUCCUCUGAGCCCAACACGGUGGCCAUACCACUGUGAGGUCAUUGAUGAAAAAGUCCAACAUAUAGAAUGGACUCCUUCUCAUCCUGAGCCAGUGUACGUUCCAACUGGCCUGGAGAUAGAACCCCUCUAUCUAAAUUCCAAGGAAGAUACAGUUGUUUAUCUAGCUGAAGACGUUCUCAUUCUCAGCUUGCAAGUUUAAUAUCCAGAAGAGUAAAGAGGGAACAGGAAGGGUGGUGAUGUGGAGAAUGGGAAUCAGGAACAGCUUUACC